AUGAACAAGAUCUUCCUCUUCGCCCUCUCGGCUACUGGCGUCCUGGCCGCCAACAGAAGCCCUCUCCUCGCCGUUCGACAGGUCGUCACCAUUCCCUGCUCCGACCAAGGCCUCAAGGACUGCGGCACAGGCUGUAUCCAGCAGGAUUGGACCUGCUGUCCCAGCAAAGCCGGCGGCUGUCCUCCAACGGCAUACUGCGAUGUGGGUGCCAACGGCGAGUACGGCUGUUGUCCCAAUGGUAGCCAAUGUGGUGGUGAUGGCGGUGCCAACACGCGCGGCAUGACCAACACCAUUGUCGUCCCCGGUAGAACGACGACCAUCUAUAACCCACUCGACACUGAGGAGCCUCAGGGACCCAUCGUGGAGACACAGACUUCUCUCAUCGUUGAAGUUAGCCAAACGACCAUCGAUAUUCCCAUCUCUCAGUCCAAUGGUGGCGGAACCGCCGUCCCUAGCGGUAAUGGUGGCUCUGGCGGCUCUGGAGGUGACGGUGGUUCUGGCGAUGGCGGUUCGGGUGGUGAUGGAGGUGAUGGUGGUGCCGCUGGCUCGAGCGACGUUCCUCCUGUCAUUCAGACCCCCAAUCCCAACCCGGAGCCCAACCCAGUCCCCGUCCCUGGCACCGAGACUGCAUCCGGCACACCAGUUCCCGUGCCCGUCCCCACACCCGUCACCGUCAACGCGGCCUCCUCCAAUGGCUACAGCUGGAUCGGUGGUGUCGUGGCUGGUCUCGCCGCUCUACUGAUUUAG